AUGUGGCCGUUUUGGGGACUGGACCUGAACAGAGUCCGCUGUGACCUGCUCUUCACAGAAGCCAUCAAUCAAAGGAUGCAGGUUCCCAACAGGCUUAAAGUAGCAGAUAGCUUCAGCCCUGUGGAAGAGGAGCCAGUGACAGAGGAUGUCCCUCCUUCCCUCCGGAUGCACAUCCCUGAUAGGAUUUCUCUGGCAGAAAUAUCAGAUGCCAGUUUGAGGCCCGUUCUGCUGAAGCAGCAAAGGAAGGUCCCCUCUGCUGUGGAGCACAUGUCCUCAGACUCCUCUGCGCAGCCCACCCGCCUUGGAGAGCUACCUUUUCUGCACAUAGCCAGCACAUCAAGCUCCCAGAAACGCAAACGAUCGGGCCAUCACAGCAGCAGGUCGCGGCGAGAGAGGACUACAAAUGACUGUGCCCAGCUGGCCUUACAAAGCCCGAGCCAGCACCAUGAGCGGCUGGACGUGUGCCCCCUGCCCACGCGCAGUGCCCCGCUUCCCCUCCUUGUGGGGACGGGCAGGAUCUACUCCAUGCAGAACAUCUUCCAGACCAUGUACUACCUGGGCCAAGUGCUCUUCCACCAUGUCCAGGACUCUCUGCAAGAUCCAGUGCCAUCCAGCUCCCAGGAGGCUGGCGCAGCCCCAGAGGGUGUCUUGGAGGAGGUCGGAGUGGCUGAGAUGGCAGCAAUGCGAAAGCAGCUGACAAGGAUCUCGGGGAGGCUGCGUGUGCUGGAAGAGCAGUGCAGUGCCUGGCGACAGAAGGAGGCCCUGGUCUACUCCGUGCUGAUCUCCGCCUGCCUCAUCAACACGUGGCUCUGGCUGAGGAGAUGA